GAAAGCGCACGCAAACAACAGACCUUUUGAGCAGAGCAAAAGUGAGGUUGGGACAUCAUGGUUUUUACACCAGCGCCUCUGCUGCACCUGGUCCUGGUCUCAGUGGUGUCUGCGUCACACCACUUUGGAGGACUCACCACCUAUAACUAUGGCGGGAAAAACUCUGACGGGACGUUUAUCGUCACCAUUCGUAACAGGGCAACCUUCGAUGGAUGUUACAACUCUCAGUUCAUUAAUUGUUACCAUGGUAUCUGUGGGAACGAGGUUUCCAGAAACAGAAGCAUACUUGAUCACAGCAGCAACGCCCCAAUUUAUAACAGCCAAUGGUGUGAGGCAGAGACGGUAAUAACAAGACAUCUCCCUUUCGACAAACCUUUCUCUUUGCGGUCAGCUAGCUGUUGUUGGAUUCCUAACCGAAACUCCCUCGGCAAUUGGAGACAGCUGACCACUGUGGAUUUGGGUAUAAGAUCUGAUACCGGAGUGCCAAACACAUCACCAGCUAUUGGCACUCUACCAUUCCUUCGAGUUCCUCAAAACUGCCCACGUACAUAUAAGCUGAUGGCAUUUGACCCUGAUGGUGACCAAGUCCGAUGCAGAUAUGGAAAGCUUUUCAAUACGGAAUGCAGCUCCUGCAGACAACCUGUGGGCUUUCAGUUGGAUGAGGACACGUGCACUUUGCACUACAACUACAUGUAUACUGACUCCAGAGUUUUUGGAUUUGAGUUAGUGGUGGAGGACUUCCCCCAACAACCCAUCACACUUGUCUAUAGUGAUGGAUCCCAUUCUUUCAGGCCAUCGUUGGCUGUCAGGAGAAAGAGAGAAGUAACCCCUUUUGGUCACUGGGCCACUCCUCAAAGUAUCACUAGAUCCACAUUGCAUCCGUGGUAUAUUUCAACUCGCAAUUUGAAACCAAAAACCCCACACCCAUGGGGAAGCUGGUCUACUGCAACACAACACCCAUGGGGGCGCAGGUCUACUACAACACCACACCCAUGGGGGCACAGGUCUACUACAACACCACACCCAUGGGGUCACAGGUCUACUACAACACCACACCCAUGGGGGCGCAGGUCUACUACAACCCCACACCCAUGGGGAAGCUGGUCUACUACAACACCACACCCAUGGGGGAGCUGGCCUGCUACAACUCCAAACCCGUGGGGGCGCAGAUCUACUCCAACCUCACACCCAUGGAGGGGCUGGUAUACUACAAAACCACGCCCAUGGGGACACAUGUCUACUACAACCCCAAACCCAUGGGGAAGCUGGCCUACUACAACCCCACACCCAUGGAGGACCUGGCCUGCUACAACCCCACACCCAUGGAGGACCUGGCCUACUACAACCCCAUACCCAUGGAGGACCUGGCCUACUACAACCCCACACCCAUGGAGGACCUGGCCUGCUACAACCCCACACCCAUGGAGGACCUGGCCUACUACAACCCCACACCCAUGGAGGACCUGGCCUGCUACAACCCCACACCCAUGGAGGACCUGGCCUGCUACAACCCGAAACUCAUGGGGAGGCUGGCCCACUACAAUCUUACAUACCACAGCACAUAGAGCCACUACAAGACACAUCAAUGCCACAUCAAUUCCACCAAUUGGCAAACUACCUUUGCAAUUCUCUUUGCUGGUGGACCCCCCUGUUCCUUCAUGUCAAGAAGGACUCUACCUACCUAAGUUUGUGUACCCAACACCCCAAAAUGGAGAAAGCAUCCAUGCAGAGGUCAACAAGGAAGUGGAGAUCCGGGUCAAAGCACUAGCUAGCUAUGCAACAAUAUAUGACAUCAUUACGAGUGGGCCAGUGAACACCAAUAAGUACAGAACCACACAUGAUGAGUUUGCCAUAAGGUGGACACCCAGGCCUGGUGACAUGGGUGGACAUUACCCACUCUGUUUUGCUGUUGAAUCAAUCAGACAGUCUGCUCACACCACAACCACAUCCUCAUAUGAUUCUUAUUACCACCACUAUAGCACCCCUUUACAAUCAAGCGUUUAUCAGUCUGAAAUGAGGUGUGUUCUUCUUGACGUUCGGAACGAGACAAUUAAAGCUACGGUGACCUGUGCUGAGUCCAAUAUGACGGUCGCAAUUAGGAAAGCUUCACUCCGUAGAAUACAUUUGGAUCAGCUACAGCUCAGUGAUUCAUCCAAUGUUGAAUGCAACCUCCAAAGACACUCCAACAGCACGCAUGUUGUUGCCGUCAUCCCCCUCAACUCUUGUGGCACUCAACUGGAGGAGGAUGAUGAAAAUCUUAUUUUUAGAAAUGAGAUUACCACAGUGGACAACCUCCAAGACACAAUCACAAGGAAAAACAGGUUGCAACUGGAUUUCUGCUGCCAGUAUCCCAAACGAGGAAAUGUGACGCAGAGUUUCAGUGCACACAGAAACAAUACUACCGUUUGGGAAAAAGGCUUUGGCGUUUUCACAUACCAGUUCGAGUUUUACGCAAACUUGGGGUUUCAAACAAUGAUUAGUCCAACUUUUUACCCUCUGGAAUAUGAACUAGGAAGCAGGAUUUACAUGAAAAUAGAAGCUUCUACUGCAAUCAACAACACAGAGCUUUUUGUGGAAUCAUGCAGAGCUGCCCCAUAUGACAACCCAAACUACCACCCGACCUACACUAUCCUUGACAAUGGAUGUAAAGUGGAUUCUACACUUCAGAUCCAUGCCUCUCAUGAGCGGGAAUUCAGGUUCAGCAUUGAGGCCUUCAAGUUCAUUGGACUGUACGAUCAGGUGUACAUCAGCUGCUCAGUGCUUGUAUGUGAGGCAGGGGCACCCAACACCAGGUGCUCCAAGGGAUGCAUCAACUCCACGGGGACGGCCGAAGGGCACCAUCACAAAAAGCGAGAGGCCGUCAUUCAGAGUGCCAACCAUUUUGUUUCUCAAGGUCCAUUGCGCCUCAAGAGAUCAGCAGACAGUGAUGGAAGCAGAGUGCUGAAUUUGAAUCUGAACCUGGUAUUCAUCGCAGGCUGUCUUCUGGCAGUCAUUGGCAUGAUCAGCACCGUGGUCGUGUACAAAGCCAAAAUGUCAAGAAUUAAAUAUCAACGUUUGCCAACAUUUGAAACUUAAACACAUAGCAUUAGAAGAGAGCGACUUUAACAACCGUUGACGUCUCUUAUUAAAGUUUGAUUGUGUUUGAAAUCAGAUGUAUUUGGGCAUGCAAAUUAGGUUGGGGUGCAUACACUAUACAAUAUAUGAUAUACAUAUGGUGUGAACAACAAAACUUUUAAUACUCAUUUGUCAUUUAUAAAAUACGACAAAUCAUAAUCUGAUUGAUUUAUGUCAUUAUUAUUGCAAAGGAAAUCUUAAUAUAGGCAUAUUAGUCUACAUUUGUGCAUGCUGAAAAUCCUCAGAUAAGUGAACACAAAGCACAUGUUAAAAGAUGUUGGGUGUAAAAGUAAAAUACAGCUGCACUACAGGUGUUGGUUAAGCAUGACCUUGUGAUAUUAAAAGUAAGGGCAGUAAUAUCAAUGGAGAGAUCUUUCUACCAGGGUAGGGUGAGCUAACGGGAACACUGAAUCGCCAUAAUCUGUGGUCCAGCCACAAGUCUGUUCCACUCGGGUCUCGAAUCUGGGUCCUCCUGAAUAAAAGACAAGUAUGCAAGGCACGGAGCUAAAAACACAAGCCGGCAACUUGGUUUUAAGUGCAUGCUCUUAAGGUGUCAGGGAGUGGGGUUUACUAACGUACACACUGGCUGCCCUCCAUUACAGAUGGAAUGCAACUUUAUUGUCACUGCACUUAAAAAGUACAACCAAUUUGUUUACAGUACAAGAACAGAUAUACGGUAGACAGGGGUAGAGAAAACAGGAAGACUGAUGGGUCGCCACAAGGGCGGCGCCCCAUAGAAAGGUAGGAAAAAGAGAAAACAUGGGGUGGUAAAAAAAGGAAAUCCCAAACAAAGCUUUAUUGGGGAAGGGGGUCUCAGUUUGAGACCAGAAAAAAAACUCAAGCAAAGCAGAUAUGAACAUAUUACGACACACAAAACUUGAGACUUGCAAUUGGGGAGAGGGGGGAGGCAUCUGACCCAAAAAUGCUGCCACCAGGUGCACUGCUCCGUUGUCAAUCAUACCGUGGGGGGUGAACCGAUGAAGGCGUGGGAUGUGGGGGAUGGGGUACGUGUGUGUGUGUGGCAUGUAUUUUCCGUGGAUGCUAGUGUGACUUGCUUGUCUUUCGACCUUGGUGCUUGCAGAGAUUCAUCGCGAUAACACAGCCAGUCAGCCCAACAAAAGUCAACAACCAACAGGUGUAUGUCCAUGAAAGACGGAAAAACGAAUUUGGAGCUGCAUGGGAAAACGUGUAAUCGAUCAAAGUUUGUUUAAACCCUUGUUUGACCAUCUUUAAAACACACUUUACACUGUACACUGUUGUGUUCAUUGUGUUAAAGGACAUAUGACUAGAUCUGCUGAUAUAACCAUCAACAAGUGAACAGUGUUCAUUAAAAACUAUAGAAAAUAA